UUAUAUUAAACAGCAAACGUGUUACCACAGGCAACUGUAUGCACAAUGAAGAAAAUAUAUGAAAGUUCUUUUGGCAAAUGGAGUUAAGCCACACCUAGAUCCUGCCCUAUUUUCACAAAAAAGCCAAGCUUUUCUUCAGCUGUAUGUGUAUGUGUGUGCCGGUGCUGUUAGUACCCGGCUGUGUAACUUGAUAGGGGGCAUCGAGAGGGAUAAGGGAAUGUUGAGUUGCAAUGGAGCAGAGUACGAUACAGUGGUUAGGCUCCCCCAGCUGCCUUCGGGGCUCCUUUGCCUUUUACAAGUCAGUGAGUUGCAAGCAGGAGUCCGGGGCUCCGCCUCAGGUCUGGAAACUUGGAGAGUUUUACUUUAUACGAUGUGGCCCUCAGGAGCCUGUGUGCAUAGCAGAGGUCACACUACUGUGGGAAGAUCAGACACAGCGCCACCUGCUGGCCAGUUCGAGACUUUACUUCUUACCUGAAGACACCCCGAAGGGCAGAGCAGUGGAACACGGAGAGGACGAAGUCCUCGCCGUGUCAAAAAAAAUUGUAGUGAGAGUGGAGGAUCUGGUGAAGUGGACUUGUCAGGAACCGCCACGGUGGAAGUGCGGCAGUCAAAACAUUCACGGACCUCACAAUCCUGAUUGGUCGCAAGACGCUACUUCUCCACAACAAGGCAAAACAGAGAGUAGCGAUGAGUCUACGGAUGUGCAGCAGAAGGUUAAAGUUCUCAGCUAUCCCCAGUAUUGUCGCUUUCGUUCUCUACAGAGACGAGUCCCGGAUCAAGCUAGUUGCCCCGAUCAGCAAGAUCCUCACCUACUGGCUUUAGGUGGAAUAAAGGUGACCCUUCAAAACACGCGUGUCCUGUACUGUCGGGAUACUUUCCACCACCCUACCCUAGACAGCAGUGCCAGCUUCAUGACACAGUUUGGUUGCUCCUCUCUCAGCCUGAAGGGGCGGCCUCGUAAAAGAAGAGGCAGAGAUGGCAACGGAUCAGAGCUACAAAACCAGAAUCAACUAUCAGAGUCAUGGAUGGAAAGAAUGAAGGAGAAUGUGAUGGGCAGUGUGGAGAUGCAAUGGGAUGGAAAUUGGCUCCCACACCCAGAAGAGCAGCUGUUCCUGGAUCAGCUGUAUCUUUUUAUGGAACGCAGGGGCUCCCCUAUUAGCAAAGUUCCCAACCUGGGUUUUAAAAAAAUUGACCUCUUCCUCAUGUAUUCAGUUGUGAAGAAGCUUGGGGGCUAUGAAAGGGUAACAUCACAGCGUUUGUGGAAGGCUGUGUACAAUGAGCUGGGUGGAAGCCCGGGAAGUACCAGCGCUGCCACCUGCACCAGAAGGCAUUAUGAAAAGCUUAUGCUGCCUUAUGAACUCCACAUAAGGGGAGAAAAUCCAGAAUUUUGCAAGCCCAGAGCGACAUCUGUGUCACCCACCACAAUCAAAAAGACAGGGCUGGGUAAAGGAUUAUCAAACAGCCAGAAGAAUGCAGUUACCGGCCAGAUAUCUCCUCCAGAUGGUGUUGUGGUACGUAAAAGAGGAAGACCACCUGGCAAACGAAAUGCUAAGGUUCUGGCUAAGGGGAGGGUUGGAAGACCACCUUUGCAUCCCAAACCACCUCCCCUUGAGAAACCAGAACGACCCCAUCAGGAGAUCAAGCCGCAGCCUAUUUUCCAAGAACUGAGGCUUACCAACCAUACUCACACUCAAGCUCUGUCCUUUGUAUCUUCUACACCUGUGUCCCACCAAGCCAUACUGGGACGAGAUGUGAAGAUUGUGGAGACUGUAGAUGUUCCCUCAUUUCUGUCAGCUCCUGUCAAGUUGCUGGCAGGUGGAUCCUUGGAGGGAUUCAGUCCCACUAAAGGCCUAUGUCCGUUGGACCUGUUCAGGGCCCGUCUGGGUCUCAAUGGACUGAGUGGUCUUGAGGGAACUCCUCAAGAUUCUUCCACGCCCCACCAGACAAUAAUAAUUCAUCAACCCAAAGUCAGUACGCCUGAGACUCCCGAGAGUCUCCAAAACCAGUGUUCGGGGUGCAGUCUAGACACCCCAUCCCAAAACGCAGGACUCGCAAUGACCAAAGCUCCCUUGCCGUCUCUCAGGAUCCUCCCAGUUGAUAUCGGGUGCAGCCUGCAGGUACGUCAACUGAUGCGCACCCGCCUUGAUUCAUCACACAUGAACACUUUCACCAAGCGUCUUACAGAGGUUCUUGCUCAAGAUCUUAGUCAGACUUCCCAACACAACGGCAGUACCCUCUGUGUCCCUCAGGGUCAAUCGCUCCCGCUCAACCUGAGCAAGAGAGCCAUUACCAAGAGGUCCGCUGGAGAUGCAGAGCUCACAGAUUUAGUGCCAUGCAAGGAUAUACAGUCUACAACCAAAAGACUGAAGACAGAAGAUCACGGCCUAUCUCUGAAAUGGAACGGCAUGUCUUUUUUGAUGCCGUUGACCCAAGAAGAGCCGGCUGACCUCAGUUCUCCCAGCAGAGCCAGAGCUUUACUUCACGAUAGGACAAGUUUGGCUCACUCUGAAGUCAUUCCCAAACUUGAGGUCCCUACUGGAAAGCCCUCCAGUAUUAUUGCUUCUUCAGAUCCUCUACAUUGUGUUUAUCAACUGAAACAAGAAGAUGACCAAAACGGUGCAAUUGCAGUGACAAUUAAGAAAGAUCCUGAUCUUGAACCUCAACCCAACGGUGACCUCUACUCGCAACAUGUACCUACUGAUGAUAUCAAAAUGGAGUCUGAUUCGGUUUCCUCUCUUAAAAUACUCUCUAGUUCACUCCUUUCCAAACCAUCACAAAGUUGUUAGCAUGCAGGGAUUGGAUUGGGUUUCCAUCUAAACCCCACUGCAUUAACUUUUAUGUCACUCCUUUUUACUCUGCCCAUCAUCUGAUCACAAAACACGUGUUUGUGUAUGAUCAAAGAGACAAUUGUGCAGAUCCAUGCGUCAUCUGUUUUUGAAACACUACUUUGAACUGAUGCAGGUGGUCAUGGUUUAACCAAAGAUAAGGUGCCUUAAUGAGUCUGUUUUAGUACAUUACCUAUGCUGUAGUUAGAGGAUCACCAAGUGGCCGGCCAAUAAAAAGACAUUUAAUAUGAA